AUGGCGUUUCAAGAAGAAUUCGAAAUGAGUGUGAACGAGAACAUGCAGGAUGACGAUCAGCACGGUCGCGCGCCAUCGUUCGACGACGGCAAAGGAGCAGACAUGAAAAAAGGCCACUUCCACGAGACCGAGGCAGAGGACUUCAACGAUAAGAAGGAUCAACCACCACCACGAUUCUCAACCCUCAUGGGCGUCGCGCCGAAACCUGCACCACCGCCGCCACCACCGCCGCCACCUCCGCCUCCUCCACCUCCGCAAUUCUACCACGAGUACUACCUUCCUCCUCGCGAGCCAAGACGAGGAGUCCACCUCUCGAUGCCCAUCUUCAUCGUCUUCGUCCUCGUCCUCUUCUUCGAGAGCACCCUCCUCUUUGCAUACACCAUCUUCGGCAUGUACUACAACGCACCGAGCGGCAUGUUCUCCUGGUCGCAAAGCAACACGACGAUUGCGGACUGCGCUUGCGACAGCAGCAGCCCAACUUUCAACAUCAUCAUGCCCAGUGCCAAUGCGGGCAGCAUCACGGUCACUCCGACCUCGAGCACCUCUGCAGCGUCCACAACGUCCACAACCACAGAUGCUAAGCUCGUAGCCUCUGGCAUCCUCAGUGCUCUCGCAGGUGGCAUUGAGAGUGCGCAGGAUAGCGUGAGCGUCACAGUCACUUCGGAGGGAUCUGCCAGUGCCCCGGCAGCAACGACUUCUGGUGGCUCGUAA